AUCACAACGUGCCGUUGUAGUGAAGCCAUGGAACUCACCGAAGUUGGCGAACGAGUUUUCGCCGCUGAAUGCAUUCAGAAGAAACGUAUUCGAAAGCAGGGUCGUGUCGAGUAUUUGGUUAAAUGGAAAGGAUGGUCGAAUAAGUACAAUACAUGGGAGCCGGAAGAUAAUAUUUUGGACGAUCGUUUGCUGGCUCUCUUCGAAAAGAGUCUACUGGAGAGAGACGACAAGCCACUGGUUAAAUGUCGAAAACGUUCGCAGUCAGAAAGCCAGGAUGACGAUGAACCAGAUUCUUCACCAGAUUCUGAACUAAACACGGAAGUACAGUCGUUACUCUCGAAGAACGAAAUGUUGGUCGACGACGAGGAAAAUGAUGUAGAAAUUAGUGAAGAAACGCCAGAGACCGUGGACGAAAGUGACCAAAAAAUAGAGGAGAUUGUUCCCGAGCCUCUGCCUGAACCCAAGGAAAAGAAAAGGAACAAGGAGAAGGACAAGAAAAAACGGAAGAAACGAAAAAGCGAUAGUCCCGAGCGGAAAAAGAAGAAACGGGACAAGGAUGGGAAAAAGAAAUCUUCUAAGUCAAAAUUGAAAUUAAAAACGGAUAGUAAACACAAAAAGCAGAAGGCAGGUAGAAAGAAGAAGAAAUUGUCCUCUAAAUCUGACGGAACUGUUGUCAAGCAAAAACCCUCAUCCACGGUGGUAUCUUCGAGACCUGUGAACGUCAUCAAAUCUACAGAGAACGCUGGUGUACUCGCUGUGAACGGUUCGACGAGUGGACCACCCGAUAUACUGGCUGCCAGUGGUGGAAUCGCUAAGAUGGCGGCAGUCACGCAAAGUCCAAAAUCUGUUAAACCCAGCAAGAAGCAUAGUCCCGCGGUUGAAAACGGCAAAGAGUCCGUUAUUAAGAAAACUGUCUCAAAGGAAGUUGCAAACGUGAAAAUCAUCGAACAGCAGUCUACGUUGUCGUCGCCGUCGUCAGACCAGGAAAAUUCACUUGAAAAUGAAAUCGGCCCGUGUUAUGCUAAUGUCGACGAGUGUACGUUGUUAAAUCUGGCUGCUCGGUUGCAGAGUGGUACACUUACACCGUCGACGACCUGGCAGCCGAACAAACUGGCCGACGAUGUGCUCAUAACCGACGUCACUGCGAAAAACAUCACCAUCACUGUCAGAGAAAGCGUCACGUGCCAGGGGUUCUUUAAAGAAGACGAGUGAUCGAAAACGCGUUGUUGUAUGCACCGUUGAGUUGGAGGUCCAACGCGGACAUUAACAUGAACCGUAUGUGACCGCAUCACUCUGUUCUCUCGCGACUGUCAACAUUUCAUGUCUACUUCGUCGAAAUAUUUAAUGGCUUACUUGUUUGUCAUGGAUACUAGACAGACAAACUGUGUCACACAAUAUAUCAUUUUAAAGUGACCGCUGCGAUAUUGUACUAUAUAUAUCAAAUCCAGACCUGAGUCAAAUGUUGUCUACCACGUGAGAGUUGCACACGUGAGUAUAUUACACCUCUGCUAACUGUCAGAUUUGUGCAGAUCUCGUUAUAAUAUCCACGCGUCAU